AUGCAACUGACCAUGGAGUUAAUCAUUCUUCCAGCAGUUUGUGGAUCUUCGAGGACCCAGCUGAUCGGUGGACAGUUACUGGUUGACGGGUUGGAGAUGAUCGGCAAGGGAACAUUUCGGCUUCUUCUUGGACUCGCAGUAUUAGGGACUUGUUUUGUUACUGUCAAGGGAGAUGAUGAAGUGGACGGUGAAGUUGAAGAGGAAGUCCCUGUAAUCGAAGAGGAUAUCAUUUCAGUUCCCGAUGAUAAGAUUUCCAAUGCACUGAAAAUUGACAACAUAAUGGGACCUUCUCCUGACAUUCAUGUAGCUUUUAUUUUUAUUCGACCUGAGAAUUCAGAAGACCUUCCUGGCGGCAAGCUUGUUCAGUUCUUGAUAGGAUUUCAGAAUCGUGGCGAAAAAGAUUUUACCGUACAUUAUUGCGAGACUUCUUUCCGCUACCCACAGGAUUUCAGCUAUCACAUACAAAAUUUCUCGAGAGUACAAUAUAAUCGUGUUGUGGCAGCUAAACAGGAGACUUCCUUCAACUAUGCCUUUUAUCCAUCUGACCAGUUCGCUGGGCGACCAUUGGGGCUUGUCGUAGAACUACAGUAUGAGGACAGUGAUGGAAAAGCAUACAAAAACACGGUUUUCAACGAAACUGUAACAAUUGUUGAGGAUGAGUCAAAUUUCAACACGGAAACUGGAUUCCUAUACGUCAUUUUUGCGGCCGGUGUUCUGUUAAUAUUGUUGGCUGGACAGCAUUUCCUUUCCAAGUUAACAAGGAAACAUGGGAUGGCCAAAAGUCGGCAGAUACAAUCAAUUGAAAUAGGGACCAGCAGUAAGAACGAAGUUGAUUUCGAAUGGAUCCCGCGUGAAGUACUUAAUCACAAGAAGUCGCCAAAACCAGGAUCUCCCAGGCAACGGAAGCAGGUACAGCGGUUGGACUAAAAUAAUAUUGUUUUUUUUUUCUUCGCCCUUUUCGGAAUUACAAUUAAUAACUUAGAACUUACAUCCAAUGAAUACAAAGCAGGAAUUUUUGUUCAAGGAAUUCAAAUAUUAUUGUUUUGUAUAUUCAAGAGGUUCCACUUUAUUGUUCUAGAUUAUUUGAACUUGAAACAUCCUGCAGUUUAUGCACAAAGAAACUGGUUUUGCGAAAAAUUUCCGUUAAUUCGUUUUAGAGUUUUAGGCAGUAGGAAGUAUUUAUGCAGUCAUUUCUAUAUUGUUACUGCGUUUUCUGGUUGUAUGGUCAUCUUAUUCGAACAAUUUAUAUUUUUCGGUCCUUUUAAGUGCUUUCCAUUUCGUUUUAUAAAACAGGAGGAAUGUUUUUUGUCUUUUAAAUGAUUUGAGAAAGUCACUGAAGAAUUCAUACUUAAAAUAUCAGCAUGUUUUCCUCCUCAUUUUGUUCAUUUUUUUAGCUUAUGAUUUUGUCUGUUUACUCGUGGUAUAAGAAUGUUUCUGAUAAUAAAAU